UGGUGAUAGUAACUGCGCGUAGAGAGGCAUUCAGAAAUGCUCGUGCGAAGCGGCUCGCUAGCCGUGUUUCACGCCGCUGCUGAUGCACGGCUGAUUUUCCCCACCGCAUGUUUCGUCAGCGGCCCUCCGCUCCGUCCUUUCCCUCUGCGACCUCUCCCGCUGCAUCCUAUCUCGCUGCCUUUCGAUUCGACUCAAAAGUCACCUCUCCCGCUGCGCCCUCUCCCACUGCAUAUCUCGCUGCCUUUCAAGAUUGUCGGAAAACCGAAUGACACCUCGAGUCUUUGCGCGCGCGGCGCGUUAGUUAUCUCCGCCGCAGCGGCGGAGGGACGAGAGGGAAGCACGUCGCCGCAGGAGCGACGCGCCGACGCGCCGGCAGAUGCGGCCGAGCCGACGCGCCGUGGGCGGCAGAGGAGGCGAACGAGGCUUAGUGGCGGUUCGGCAGAUGUAGCAUCGUCUAGGGGUUCGGAUCUAGGAUCGCCUCAAAGUUCGGAUUUAGGAGGGCCCGAGUCGCAGUCCCGCAGCGCGAGUGGCGGCGGCGAAAGCGGCGGAUUUGAGCCAAACGAAUCCAGCCGCGGAGGGUUUAGCAGCGUUAGUAGUGGCACCAGCAGAGGGUUUAGUACCAAUAGUAGUGGUGGUAACCCUAUUAUAGAGGAGUGGCAGGGGAUGGGCGUUAACGGUAGUGGGUCGUUCAGUGGCGGAGAGGGAAGCGCGGAGAUGCGCAGCGGGGGGAGGCGGAUCGGGGGAGGGCGCGCGGAGGGGAUGAGCGCCGCGCGGCAGCGGCGGCUGGAGAAGACGCGGGAGGCGCGGGUGCAGCGGAGAGACGCGGCGGAAGAGGAGUUUCAGGAGUGGGCGAGCCAGGUAGCCGCCAAGGACCCCGAGCUGAUGGAGAUAUUCGGAGACGCCAUGCUGGAUCCGCAGCAAAUGCAGGAGAAGAUGGAGGAGCGCAUUAGAUCGAAGCAGGCAGAGCUGCUGGAGGAGAAGCGAGGCAGCGGAUCCACAAUGCAAGUGGCCAUCAAAGAGAUUGACCCGUUUGACAUGUACAUCUGGUUUGAGCUGCACAAGACUCCGUCAGAAGACGAUAUGAAUACACUCGGCAGUGUUAUCAGAGCAUGGUAUGUGGUGGGCAAGUUGGGAGGCUACAACUCUGCCAACCUACAGCUUAUGGAGGGAGACGAGUCGUCCAAGUACAAGUACAAUGUCGGCACAGCAGCGGCUGCUCUCCCUGCCAUGAUGCACAAUGUUGGUGACCUUGAGUUCCAAGACAACCUGGGAAGAAUAUGGCUUGACAUGGGCACGGCUGACAUGAUGGCGGUUGAUAUCCUCCUCAACUCCCUCAACGCCGUGAGCUCAGACCACGUGGGUAUAAAGAAGGUUACUGUUGGCGGUUCAAAGAUGGAUUACUGGGAGGAAGGCAUGACACGAGCUGAAGAUGGUUACCAGUCUUAUAGCAUAUAAACACGUUUCUAUGGUCUGUAUACCGAUAUGAGAUGCGCUUAUUUGUAUGCGCAAGCUGCCUCUUAUGCCCAGAGUAAGGCCUGUCCCAUACUCUCCUCAACAUGGUUACCCAAUUUGAGUCUUCCGGGUUUGAAUGAUGCCAUGACUACAUUGUCGACACGGGAAACGCAUUGUAGGAAUUUGAGUUUGUUUUAUAUUAUAGGUACGCAUGUUGCGCGUUGCCCAGGGCACAAAAUUAGUUUUAGGCUUACCGUAUUCCCCCGGAUAUACGCACCGCCAGCUAAAACGCACCAUGGUGCGUAUAUCCGGAGGGGUGCCAUAUCGGAUGUGCCAAUGAUACGCACCCCCCCAUUUUCCAGAUUCUAAUCCCUAUACGCAC